CCCGAGUCCUACUAAAAAAUUUCUUGUAGUGGAGUCGUGAAUUUGUUGACAGGCUCACAUGGGAUGUGGAUGAAGUCUGUCACAACAUUCACUAUAAAUUCUUGACUCUUGAGAAGUUCAUCUCCCAUUUCAUCCCAUAUUCCACCUUCUUUUCUCCCAUUACAAUCACCAUUUCCAUGGCUACUCCAUUCUUGAUAAACAGGAAGGAUGUUGUGCUUGUUAAGCCUGCAGAACCUACUCCAUCUGAGAUCCUAUCCUUCUCCACCAUAGAUAAUGAUCCCAAUAUUGAACUUCUCUGCCAAACCCUCUACGUUUACCAAGCAAAUCCCACUUCCAAUUCUAAUGGCAGUAGCCAUGCAGAAGUUUGUGUCACCCCAGAAUCUGCAGACCCAGUUUUAGUGCUCAAAACGGCUCUUUCUAAGGCUCUGGUUUACUACUACCCCUUGGCUGGAAAACUCAAAAGGAACUCAAAUGGAAGGCUUGAAAUCACUUGUAAUGGCGACGGCGUGCCGUUCAUGGAAGCAACUGCGGACUGUGCCCUCUCUUCACUCAACUAUUUUGACGGAACUGACGUGAAAAUCGGCCAAGAAUUCGUGUUUGAUUGGCCGUCUCACAGUGCUGCUGGGUACCACCCUUUGGUUUUGCAGGUCACCAGAUUUUCUUGCGGCGGCUUCACCGUCGGCAUGGGGCUGUCCCAUUCCGUCUGCGACGGCUACGGCGCCGCCCUGUUCUUCCGCGCCAUGACGGAGCUGGCUACCGGAAAGGAACACCCGUCUGUAAAACCCGUUUGGGAAAGGGAGAUAUUAGUAGGGAAAGCUAUCUCCCCCGCCGGCCAAGAUCCGUUCGAUUUCAUCCGCAAAACCUCAUUGACACAAAAAUCAAUAACAAUGACAGAAAGUAAAGAAGACAAGAAUUCUAUCCGCAAUGAGACAGAAAGUAAAGAAGACAAGAAUCUUGUUUGCAGUGAGACAGAAAGUAAAGAAAACAAGAAUUCUGUCCAUAAUGAGACAGAAAAUAAAGAAAACAAGAAUUAUGUCCAUAAUGAGACAGAAAAUAAAGAAAACAAGAAUUAUGUCCGAUAUCUAUCAUCUUCCAUUACAUAUGAGACAGAUGCGAUUUUGCAUCAAUGCUUCAACGUAGACGCAGAGAGCAUAAGAUGGCUGAAAAAGCGUUUUACAGAAGAAGCGGCAGCGCACGGUGACGGCGAGAGUUUAACGGAAGCUUUCACGGCGCUGGAGGUUCUGGCGGCUUAUAUAUGGCGGUCGAGAAUCAGAGCUCUGAAGAUGAACCCCGACGGGAACACCAUUCUCUGCUUGGCCGUCGGGAUCAGAAAGCUACUAACCGACCCCCCUCUGCCGGCGGGGUAUUACGGCAACGCUUUCGUCUCCGCCAACGCCGUUUCACAAUGCAAGAGCCUCGACCGGGGCCCACUCUACAAAGUCGCGAAGAUGAUCAAAGAAAGCAAGAAAGCGGUUUCGAGUAACGACCAAAUCCGCCGCUCGAUCGACACGCUGGAGGCGUUCGUGCAGGGGAAUAGGAAGGUUGACGGCGGCGGCGCGGCGUUCGUGCUGACGGAUUGGAGGCAGUUAAGGUUGUCAGAGGAGGUUGAGUUCGGUUGGGGAUUGUCGGUGAACAUGAUCCCGCUGCCGUGGGAGAUGUUUGGGUAUGUGGACUUGUGCAUUUUCUUGCCGCCCUGCAGAGUGAACACUGCCAUGGAAGGUGGAGUUAGGGUGCUGGUUUCCCUCCCCGGAGCCGCCAUGGCUACGUUCAAUGAAGAAAUGGAUGCUCUCAAGAAAUGGUCCUCGGAUAAUGGAAUGCCACGUUGCUAAAUAUAUCAACUGCUCAUUUCUGCAACAUUUUCAUGGAUUGGUUUCUUUUUAUUAGUGUUUGCUCCAUUUUGUUUUGUUUUUUUUUCUUUGAGCCUUUUAUGCUUUUUUUUUUUUUAAAUAUAAAUCAUUAAAAAAGAGUUGGUUUGUUACUCAUAAAUUUAAAUGAUCUUGUAAGGGUUUGG